UGUUACAGAAGCUGAACCGAAAAAUGUUUGUGUGAACAGAGUUUAGAAAUUAGACAGAUCAGUGUAUUAAGAUGCAAUACUUUUUUAGCAAAUUUGUUUAUAUCCAAAUCUAGCAUCAAGAUAUUUAAAAUCUUAUCACGAGCAAAAAAUAAAUAAAUAAAAGACUUAUUUUUUAAGUAUUAAAAUGAAAAAUAACCAGUAAAUUGCGAAUUCUUAGAUUAAAAUACUUAUUGAUGUAUACACGCAUUUCGAAUGCAGGAUAAAAAUGUCAUCAGAAAUGGUAAAUAAAAUUAACCACAAAUGUAUCAGCGUUGUGGUUCUUGGAGAUUUUGGGAGAAGUCCGAGAAUGCAAUAUCAUACUCUAUCUCUUUCCAAAAAUAACUAUUAUGUGGAUGUUGUUGCCUAUAAAGGUGCUGAACCACUUGAAGAAAUCAUUCAAAAUGAUAAGAUUCAUAUUCAUUAUAUGAAAGACGUUCCAAAAUUUCUUACAAGUUUGCCGAAACUACUUCAGUAUGUGUUAAAAACUCUGUGGCAAAGUUUCUUUCUCUUUUGGACACUGCUAAGUAUUCAAAAAUUAGAUGGCAUUCUUCUUCAGAAUCCACCAUCUAUUCCUACAUUGCCCAUUUGUUGGUUUGUUUCUUGGAUCAGGAACUCUUUCUUAUUUAUAGAUUUUCAUAAUUAUGGUUAUACCAUUUUGGCCCUUGCUUCUGGAAAACAAAGCUUACUUGUGAGAUUCGCUGAAUGGUGUGAAAAAUACUUUAGUCGUAAAGCUCAUAAAAGUAUAUGCGUCACCAAAGCAAUGAAAGAUGAUUUGAGUGAGAAUUGGAAUGUCAGGGCAUCUGUAUUUUAUGAUUGUGCACCAGAUAUUUUCCAUCCAAUAUCUAUAGCUGAAAAACACUAUUUCUUUCUGAAAAUGAGUCAGCAUUAUGCACAAUUUAAACCAAAGAGCUCUGAAUAUGGAGAAGAAAGCACUUGUUUUACUAAGAAAGUCGGUUCUGGCUAUGAAAUGUUGCAAAGCAGGCCUGCAUUGAUUGUUAGUAGCACUAGCUGGACAGAGGAUGAAGAUUUCUCAAUUUUACUGUCAGCAUUAGAAGAUUAUGAGCAUGCUGCGAAACUUCAAAAAGACCUGCCUGAUUUACUUGUUUGUAUCACAGGGAAAGGACCUAUGAAAUCAUAUUAUGAAACGCUGAUUGAAGGAAAAAAAUUCACUCAUGUGGAAAUAUUAACAUUAUGGCUCAAGUUUGAAGAUUACUCAAUAUUUCUUGCUUGUGCUGAUUUAGGCAUUAGCUUGCACAACUCUUCAAGUGGUCUGGAUUUACCAAUGAAGGUGGUGGAUAUGUUUGGCUGCUGCUUACCUGUUGCUGCUGUAUCAUUUAGUUGCAUAGAAGAACUUGUCAAAGAUGGUGUGAAUGGUACAAUUUUCAAAGACUCACAGCAGCUGAGCAAACAAUUACAAAAAUUUUUCUCUGGUUUUCCUCAAAAGCACACAGAAUUGUCAACAUUCCAUGAAAACUUAGAAGGAACCUCAUCUUUAAGAUGGAAUGAAAACUGGAAUCAUACUGUAGCUCCUCUGCUUAGAGAACUCUAUUCACAGAAAGUUGCACUCAAAAAUUGUUAAAGACACUUUUCUGCAAUAUCUUGUUGGUCCAUGCUUUACUGGUGAAAAUCUUUGUUUUUAAUAAAGAAUUUUGUGAAAUGUUAGUGAUA